AUGUCGGGCAGCCUGGCAGCAUCCAAUAGGAGCACAUACGACGAGGACGCGGAAUGCAUCCUUCGAUCUUCUGCUAUGCUGGAUGUGGGCGAUCAACUGCACCGCUACACAGCUGAUGGUGCGGCCACACAGCAGCAGCAGCAGCCACAUGGAGUGAGCAGAUCAGCGACAGACACAAUGACAAUGGGGCAGGCUGUUCGCAUUCCUCACGCACUCCAAUCCGCCACGCGGCGCACGAUGCUUGACGUCCUCGGGCACCUGCGCGGCAAGGAGGGCACAAGAGCUGGCCGAGACAGCUGCAGUGAGGAACCAGUGGCACAACGGCUUCCACGUGACAGAGUAACAGCGUCGGACGCCAACCGCAACGCCACAGCCGUAAACAGUGCUGCUCCUCCUANCAAUCCUUAUUCUACUAAUACUAAUGCUGCUGUUUCGAUCACGCAUCAGCCAGACCUCACGCGAAGUCUCCGACACCUUUUGCCGUCGCGCCGUGUCGACGCCACGCGUGCUGAAGAGCAGUCGGGAGAGGAAUACGACGCUAUUUCCGACUUUGACGACAAUGAGGAGGAAGGGUUAAAAGGUGAUACGGCACGACAGGCCCCGCGGUGGCCUUCAGUGAAUGAGCAAUCACGUGCAAGCCGUCAGUACCAACGCCGUCUGAGUCCUCCUGUCACACUUGAAAACGAAGAGACGGGAAAAACUUCGCGUCAACGCACCUGGGCGAAGCUCUUUGAUUGUGAAGAGAUGCACGAGGGGAAGAAAGUGCCCUCACCGCGCAACGGCCACACAGCAGUACUUUCAACACAGAAGUGCGCACCGAUGCCGCGCGCGUCCACGAAGUCGUCUCGCAGAAGCGCCAGUUCGCUGCACGGUCUCUGGGCGGAUGGUGAAGAGGCGCCGCGGCCAUCGAGCGGGGGGCGUACGUCGCUCGCCACAAUUCUGGACGCGGCUGAAGCCAGAGAUGACGAGGCGUGGGCCCAAUCUACUGCUGCUGCAGUGGGUCGGGAUGUGGGGCGGCGUUGCUUCGUUGAUGUGUUUGCUGCGGAGGACGAGGAGGACAGCUACCUUCUGCCGCGCCACUCGCUCGGAAAGGCGGCGCUCUCCGCCAUGCUGCAAGGCCACGCGAGGCGCAGUGGGGGCCGCAGUGGCAUGAGCGCGGCACUGAAGCCGUUGUCUGACAACCUGACUUCGGCGCGUGUUGUGGCGUACCUUGUGCGCUCCUUCGAGGAGUGGAAACUGGACGGUGCCGCCGUGCGCCGCACCACCGAGGCGGGAGCCAUCGAGUCACUGGAGACGAGCGGUGUGCAGCUUAAACUUCUGGUGACAAUGUUGGAUUGCGCCUUCUCCCUCUACUGCGUGCGCGGCGAGAUCGUGUGGAUGGAGGCGGAAACGGCGAAGGAACUCCACGGUUGCGGCACUGCAGCACCAUCGUUGGAGCAGCAGCAACUGGAUGCGGUUGUGGACGGUGUAACAGUAUUGAAUGACUCCUGGACAGUGGUUCUGACGGCAGCGAGCUUUCGCUCCACCCCCAUCGUUGCGGGGGAGCAUCUGUACCUUGCGCGGCCCUUCUUCUGCUACCCGUCCAUUCGCGUCAUUGUCGCCUCGUUAAACAUCACCUCUGAUGCGGCGCUGCAGCCCGUGCGCCGCCGUCGCCCACGUGAGGCGGAAUCGUCGCAGCAGCUGCACGACGGCGGCGGUGGUGGGGACAAGGAGCUAUCGAUGGGAACAACAACACCCGACAGACCGAGCAGGCCCUCUGCGUCGCUCAGCGCCCCAUCGCCGUUCUCCGCAUACGACCCAUUCGUCCAUCCUCCGGUGGAUCUCUUCCGUAGGCACGCCGCAGCCGCUGGUGUGUCGGGCACACCGUCGCAGGGGCAGCAGCAGCAGCAGCUGCAGCGACUAAGCUCGGCGCCCCGGGCGACAAUGACAACAACAACGACUACUGGGACUGAGCAAGCCACAGCGCAGGGUCAGAUAUCGGCGCUGUCGCAGGAGGCAGUGCCGCUUGAUGCUGUCGGUGCGAAUUUUCCCCGUGGUCCGUGUGAGGAGUGGGACGUGCCGCUUGAGGUGCUGCUGGCGUUGUGCCCGCCGCGCAGUCAGUCCCAUUCCGUUGCGGCGGCAGCAGAAUCACACGGCAGAAGUCUGCCUGUGGCGCCGCACAGGGCGAGUAGUGAGGAGUCCUCGUCGCUCUCGUCUCUUUCGUCGCUCGAAGGUGUCGAUGUGGUCUUGAGCGAUUGA